AUGUCAGCAGACGGGGUCGACGACAGCCCAGAAGCCGAGGACUGGCUGCCUGUGCUUUCCUUCGAGGAAGCAUUUGCUGAUGAUGCCAAGCCUUCUGUCUCUUCGCGGCGGAAGCAGCGGCGUGCAGAGCGGGCCAGCAUCCGCUCUGCCCACGAGCGGGCAGGCACCCGAGAGCUGCGAGCAGUCUUUCAAGUGCUGGAGGCCCUCCCGGCAGCUCUGCCUGAUCUGGCUGCUAACACCAGGCAAGUUGCAGGAAGAGCGGGUGGCUACUGCCGUGAUGGUGUUGCAAACACCGCCGCAGAUGCAGAAGGGGAAGCGGACGAAACGCUACCAGCACCCAAGAAGCCGAAGGGCCGCAAGCAUUGCCCUGAUGUAGCGGAGGUAGAUGCCCUGCUCACCCAAGCCACAGCAGUUUUACGUACUGACUGCCCAUAUGGUGCAUUGCCCGAAGUCUUUGCGCCACCAGAGGGUCUUGCCAUCCUUUCAGCCAUGAUUGAGCGGCCGCCCAAGUACCAGGAGAAGUACCUUGGCCAGGAGUGGUCUAUCCUCACGAAGGUGUCUUCCCUGCAGGAAGUGGUAUGGGCCCUUGCAGGGUCCCCCGAUGGACAGGAGGGGAAGGACAUUGCCGUGGUCGACAUUGGUGCUGGCAACGGGAGUCUCGCAAUGCUAGCCGCGCUGCUGUUGGGAGGCCAUGCAGUGCUUGUGGACCACACGCUGCCACCCGAGCCUUUGCGUGUUGAGGGCCGCCUGCCUGCAGAGUACCGACAUCGAAUCCUGCGGGUCACGGGAGAUGUGGGGGAUUUGGAUGCGCAAGAGGCCUUGGAACCAGUGCUGGCCAAGCACGGUCUCAGCAGAGUGGUGGUCAUCGCCAAGCACCUUUGUGGUGUCGGCACCGAUCUGGCUCUGAAGUUGCUGCGACGGUGGUGCUGGGACGGCCUGACUUCCGGUGCCCAUCGUGCUGAGUUGCUCGGCGCAGUGAUUGCCACAUGCUGUGGCCACAAGAUCGGCACAGAAGAUGCGCAGGUCUACCGCGAAAUCCACGCCAGAGAUCCAUAUCUCACUCGCAUCACGGGCCAAGAUGGAGAUCGUUUGGAGACAUUUCUCAAGAUUUGCACGCGAUGCGUUGCCUGGCGUACCACAGCUGGGGCCUCUGCGAAUCGAAUCACUGACAAGCAAGUGAGAGCAGCUGAACUCUUUGAGGAUGCUCUGCAGGAACCACGAAGCUUAGCUGCAGCAAGCUUGCUUUAG